UACAGAAAGAGGACGGUUAUCUGUCCAGCUAAAACGCUAUCCCUGCUUUUUUUUUUAUGCCUCUCCUUUUAUACACUUUUCUGAGAAACAAUAAGACACAUUAGAGGCUCCGGGAUGUAUACAACCGGGCUCAACCCGUUUUACGCAUCGAAUUUUAGCCUCUGGUCUGCCUACUGCGCAGGGAGCUUCGCUGUGGAUACGAUGAAGAAACCCUCGUUUUGCAUCGCAGACAUUUUGCAGGCUGGAGAUGCGAAGAACAUCCCGGCAUCGUCGGCACUCAUGGUGCAUAUGGGACACCACCACCGUGCGCAGCAGGGCCACUCCGGCAGCUCUCCACUGCGUCCUUCUCCUGUCGCGCCGGAGCCGUAUGGUGCGAGGGUGAGCCCGACGUCUCCGUACCACAGACACGGACUACAGUUAACAUCAGUCUCCAGAACUGCAUUUAACUCCCAACAAGCUCCCCCGCCUUCAAGCAAAGACCUCAAAUUCGGAAUCGACAGGAUAUUGUCGAUGGAUUUUGACGCAAAAGGCAAAGAAAAGUCUUCAGUGAGAGAUCUCACGUCCAUCGUUAGCUCGAACUGUCAGUCAGGGAUCCAUGUCCCCGUUCCACCUCCGGCCAGCCAGUACUUCUCCUCCAUAGACCCCGGGAUGAGCGACGCGUCCGCCGUGAUGAGUUCAUUAGGCAGCAGCAGCAGCAGACAAUCAGGCCAGCAUCAGUUUCAGGACACCUUCCCAGGUCCAUAUGCUGUCCUCACAAAAGACACGAUGCCUCAGACGUACAAGAGGAAAAGGUCGUGGUCGAGAGCAGUGUUUUCAAAUCUGCAGAGAAAGGGACUCGAGAAAAGAUUUGAAAUACAGAAGUAUGUCACCAAGCCGGACAGAAAACAGCUGGCUGCCAUGCUCGGGCUGACAGAUGCUCAGGUGAAGGUGUGGUUUCAGAACAGGCGCAUGAAGUGGAGACACUCCAAAGAGGCCCAGGCUCAGAAAGACAAGGAGAAGGACGAGAAGCCUGACAAGAGUGUGGGUGAGUCCAAGGAGCCGGUGGAGUCCGACUGUGAGAGCGAGGGAAGGAGCGAGUGUGACUCCGACGAGCCUCCGGAGGAAGAAAUCUCGGAUGCACAUGUGGACAUUUCUGAGCACCAUAAAACCAGCGUGAUCACGAGCGGGAGCGCGGAGGCAGCGGCCACGGCGACAGACACAGCGGCCUCACAGGUGCUAAUAUGAAGGCAGUGGGUGGCCUUUAGCUUAAGAACAAUAAAGGACAGGUUUUGCGACAGUGGCAGACGGACGACAGUGAUAUUAAGA